AAAAUGUUUUUCUAAUCAUUUUAUAUCUAGGGGUCGAACGUAGGUAGCCGCGGACUUUCGAUUCCAUUCGGAGGUUUUCAUCGCGCGUCGCCACUGAUUGUGGACGAAGGAAAUGGCCUUUUUACUCAACAGAACUGCUCGCUCUGCUCUGCGACUCAAUUCUCAGAAAGGUGAUGAUUUGUUGACGCUCUCAACGCGUAGUUUUCAUGUGGAACCUGGCCCUCGCGAGAAGGCUCUCCUGGCUGAGGAUCCAGCACUACGACGCUUCAAGUCACAUAAAAAAGGCCUUCGGCGUCUUAAAGCUGUAGGAGAUGUUCUUACCAUAGUUAUUGUUGCUGGAUGCUGCUACGAAAUCUAUGUUAAAGCAGUCAUGCGUGAGGAAGCCCGUAAGCAGGCGAAAGGGAGCCAGUAGUGUUUCCAUAUGUUGCAAUAAUGCGUAUCUAAGCCUCUCUUGUCAAAGAGAAAUUGUCCUGUGGUAAGGGAAUCGGCUUUUUGGAAUUUAUAGGGCAGUCUUGUGGGGUUUCAACUUACUCAAUAGCAUCGAAAUAAAGUGGUUUAUUUACUUUACCACCAGUGGCUUCCGGUUGUGCUCGUUCGGUUUUUAUUGAUCUCCAAGGUUGCUAUGGUGUGUGAAUUUCAUGAGCUUUUGUGAUCAUGUGUUUCUAAAGUCACUGAUUUCUCUUUUA